AACUGUAGCGCGCUUCCUAAUCGUUAUAUGAAUUUGAUGUCCUCGACCAAGUUGCUUUAAAAGGUAUUGGCUGCAACUUUGAAGAAGGCCAUUUUACUCCAUCUUUUCAAUUAAAAAAGUUUGUCUAAAAAUCAUGUAAAAAAGGGCAUUAUUUGAUAAGCAUCUUUGCUGAAGCCCCCGUUAUGUCUAAAUCUUAUAGUUUCUCCGUUAUUAAUUUUGUCUCGCUAAAUUCUCGUUCUGUACCACUGUGGCAAUGUUACCUACUCAAAGUGCUAAUCAUGCCCUUUAUCAACCUUCAAGAUACUAUACUGCAAUACUGCAUACAAAUCAAUAAGGUCAAGGUUGACAAAAUCACAGAAAAAUCUUUAAUAUCACAAAAUUUUGAGAAAAAUUUCGUCACAGAAUCUGUGUCACAGAUCACAGAUAUUUCAAAGGUUUCACAGAAUUUACAGAUUCUUCCAACUUGGUAGGUACAGAUUUCUACAAUCAGAAAUUUUAAAGUGAUUAUUAACUUUGAAUUUAUUACACUAAUUCAUAAAAACACUUCGACAGUGGUGAUGUGAAUUUAUUUUUCUCGAAUAAAACUUCAAAAAAGUUACAAUCUGUUGAUGUAUCUAUCACAUGUUUUCCAUGAAAACAUUUAAAAGCAUCACAGAAAACCGUUACGAAAUGUUGGUUUCAAAUCACACAAUUGUAGAAUUCUUUUGUCCAUUACACAUAUUUUUUCCGGCAACCUUGGUUGUGGUUGUGAAUGUAAGAUUGUCCUCUUCUAAUGUAAUUCGAAAAAAUCCAGCUUCGGUAAUUACAUUUGAUGUUUGGAGGCCUGAUAAUUCCAGGUUCAACCCCUCCGUCGAUGUUUGUUCCGUUUUAUUGAUUUUAUUGUUCAGCGUCACCCCCUCGCUCGAUUCAAGUUUGCCCAACCAUAGCAACCAAAAUUGUUUACCCACUGACGCUUCCUCAUUCUAGUUGAAGGCUUACGAAAAUGUCAACUGUAGGGAGUGUUUCCGUUGCAACCAGCGAGAGAAAACUAAUUUCGGAAGCGGUCAAAAGUUCAUUUUGUACCGUACCUACGGAAAUUUUGGAUUUCGAUUACUCAUAUGGCUACGACUGCAAGCGCCCCUUCAACUUGUGCCGAAUCGACGAGGAUGUUCUGGUGUUUGCUUCCGGCAAUUUACUGCAUUUUUUCAACAUUUCAACUCGAACCGUAACAACCCGGCGAUGUUCUACGGGAGGUGGCAUCGGAUGCAUCCAGACGAAUCCCAUUCAAGAGCUGCACCAUUUGACCGUGGGCGAAAACGGAACCAAUCCGCCCAUCAUCAUCUACCAAUAUCCGGCGAUGACGGUGGUGAAUAUUCUCGAUAACGGAACCAUCCAGGCCUACAGUCGAAUCGACUACAGUUCCGAUGGGGAGCUGCUGGUGUCGCAAGGAUGUGAACCCGACUAUAUGCUGACGGUGUGGAAUUGGCGCGAGGGCGAGAUUAUCCUGCGGUGCAAAUCUUUCUACAACGACGUUAUCAACGUGAUGUUUUCACCAUCGGUACCGGGUCAGAUAACGUCCUGUGGCUUGGGACAUAUCAAAUUUUGGAAAAUGGCUGAAACUUUUACCGGAUUGAAGCUACAGGGCGAACUAGGACGCUUCGGAAAAACCGAAAUUUCCGACAUUGUCGGAAUCUUUCCGAUGCCAGAUGAAAAGGUCCUCUCCGGCAGCCAGUGGGGAAACAUAUUGGUUUGGGAAGCCGGACUCAUCAAGAUGGAAGUUUGCCGCAAGGGUCGGAAGCCUUGUCACCGAGCACCGAUCACGCAGAUCUCUUCCCGGGGAUCGGAAAUUAUGACCUGUGGUAUGGACGGGUAUAUUCGAGUUUGGUUCUGGGAACCGGUAGAAUUGGCUGAUCCGCCCGAUGAUGAUCGGGUAGUGCAGAUCGAGCCGAUUAUGGAGUUUAAAGUUGGAACGGCUAUUUACGACAGCCAGUUGAUGUGUUUGAUAAGGAAAGAAGGGGAUUUCAAGUGGUACGCACAGGAUGCAAAUGGAGGAAUUUGGCUGUGCGAUAUAACGCCAACGUAUGAAUCAAAGGAGCCUCAACAGCUCAUGAAAUGUCAUACCGGCCCAAUAGUGGCUGUUCAAGCUUGUCCAACUGCAAACUACGUGGCAACUUUGGGUAGCGAUGGCCGUUUGUUCAUGUAUGAUUACGUUCAACGCAAAAUGAUCUUCAACCAUCAAUUCAACUCGAAUGGAUGUGCGAUGCUCUGGUUUCCGAUAACGGUUGAUUCUACGGGAGCAAUCAUAGCGCUGGGCUUUGCUGAUGGAUGUAUAAGAUUAACAGCCGUUAGUUUGGGGGACGACCAAAAAGAGGAACCUGUUCGUCUAAUCCAAGUGAUGAAAUCACACUCCGAUGCAGUCACGGUUCUUUCUAUGAAUUCACGUGAAACAAUUCUGGUUUCCGGAUCGGCAGAUAAAACCAUUUUCGUCCAUCAACUGGUACGUGGUUUACCGCAUAUAAGUAUUGAACCUAUUGGUUUGAUUUACACUCCUUCAGCGGUAUCCACGAUUGAUUGGAAGCCACAUACAUUUGCUACUGUCAUAGUUGGUUGCCGCCAUGGCCAUGUCCUAGAGGCAGAACUUCCGGAAGAGAAACAAGAAUACACAGACACGUCCUUUCACCUGUACACGAUCGACAUAAGGCAACUCACGUUUCAGUCGGUCAAGUCGGAGAUACAAAGGACCAAAAAAUUAGAAGAAAUAGAAAAGAAAAAAGCAGCCAAGCGAUUGAGGAAAAUGGAAUCACUGGAACGUAUCAAAACGGAGAACCCUGGCGUUCAAAUCGAUGAAGAAGCUUUCUUAGAGGACUCAGAAGACGAAGAAGAACUGGAACCACUGUAUAUCCCGAAAAUACCGAAUGCAGUGCUAUGGAUCCAGUAUACGAAAUCCAACACUCUGUGGCUAUCGAUGGGCGGGUACGACGCAGGGUUUGUUUACGAGUACGAUUUUGAUGACGAAGAUCCUAUUUCGUGCACUCCGGUUGCUGGAGCCGAAGAUGUUGAGAUUACGAAGUUCCUCUAUGAUGGAAAUUACAUAAUCUUUGGUAUGGGCGAUGGAUCCAUCCGGGUGAAUCAUGUUAGGCCGGACUUUCGGAACCUGAAGGACUACUUCGCCCUCAACAUGCACUUUAAUCUCAGCGGAAAGGUAACUGAUAUGGCUUUCAGCUACGAUUAUCAGUAUUUGUUCAGCGUUGGCACCGACGGCAAUCUGUUCGCCUACAAGUGGUACGCUGAUCUAACUCCUAUCGAAGCUCCCAAAACGAAAACUCUAGAGAAAGAUAUCGCAACGGUGGAAAACAUCGUGGAUCCCGCAUUUCUUUCCUUGGAACAACAGAAAAUCAAACAGGAAAACGACCGCAAAGCAAAGCUAUUGGAUGAUCGAAAAAAUGCAGUCCUGGAGAAGAUAGCGGUACUGAGGGAGCAAUUCGAAAAGCUCUUGCAUGAAAAUGAAAACCUACCAGAGUCGCAAAGGAUUCCGAUGGAACAGUUUGAUCUGGAUGAACGUAUCACUGCCGAUUUGAAACAGGAGUUGCAGCUGCACAUGGAUUUGGUUCACAGGAAAACGGCUUUCGAUGUUGAAAAGGCUAGACUUUCGGGUGAAAAGUUGAAAGGGUUCUUUCUAGAUGAAAUGGAGAGUAUGCCGAUUGAAGUUCUUGGCAUUAGGGUCAAAGUAUCCGUUAAAUCCUUUCGUCUAGGGAAGCUUAACGACGAAUAUUUUCAAACGGUUGAAGAUCUCGGUCGACGAAUCGAGGAAGAAGAGGCUCGAAGAAGUAAAUACAUCAACACAUGUAAAUCUCCAGAAGAAAGAAUGGCGAAGACAGUUCAAGCAGCCAAGCUGGAAGUCCGUAAAGACUCCGAGGUGGGCAAACGGGAAUCCUUCCUGGAAGGACUUACCCAGUCCACCAUCGAUUUCAAGUUGGAAACCAAAAUGAAGCGGCUGCUGGCCAAAUACCGGGAGCGAAAGGCCAAGGAACGGCUUCGACGAUUGGAGUGGGAAGAACUGAAGCGCAAAAAACCGGAUCCCAACGUUAAUCACCCGGAGGAUGAUGUCGCCAUCAAGGAAGCUGCAAAUACCAUCGGGGACUAUAAGCUGAAAACCGAUCCCGAAUAUGAGCCGAACGAAGAAGAGUUGGAAACAACGCUGAUGAAAUACCGGGAUCUGCUUCGUGUACGAGAACAACUGUUCACUAUCCGAAAUGACUAUAACAAAGAGCUGUUUGCGUUGCGAGCGAAGAAAAAGGAUCUCAUCCAACACGUGGAAUAUAAAACUAAGAAACUGUUGGAAAUUCACGAGGAACUUCCGGAAGCUGACAGAAAAAUGGUACCUAUCAAAAUUGAGAUAGACUAUAAGCUGGAAUAUCCGGAAGAAGAGUUCAAAAUGGGAGAACCCGAACCCUCAGUUGAAACAAAUCCAGAUACCAAGAAGAAAGUUCCAUUGAAUCCGAUUAAUAGUGCUUACGUAGAACGAAUUCAAAAAUACGUCCUAGGACUAGCACCUGCUCCAGAUGGAACUCCGUAUACUCCGUUGGGGACUCAAUGGGAAACGGAAAUGCGGGAAAUGCGACUGAUGAAAUCUCGCUUCAAGCAGGAUAAAAUUAUCGAUCAGAUCACCAAAAUAGUUGACACCUUCGACAAGGCACUUCUAGACCUCGCAGAAAGAAGGCUAAAAAUUGAGGUGGAUGCAAAGUAUUUGGAAAUAUUUCAGCUAACUUUGUACCAAGAGCUUUGGAUACUGAAGGAUUUCGAGAAAAUCGAACGCAAAAUGAUUGACACGGUUGAAGAGUUGUCUCGCGAAAGAAACGAGCUGAUAAUAUCUGUUAUGGACUCCAAACAUGCUAUCGAAUGCUCCAAGCUUAAGAUGGAAGAGUUCCGCAUGGAACAGAAAGAAGUAUUCCAGCAGUUCACCUCCAGUUGCUCCAACAAUCCGUUUACACCAUUCCUCAAGCGGAUGUUCAAGAAAAAGUACAAACCAGCCAAAGUGACAACCGAUAAGGACGAGAGCGAAUCGUCUAGCGAGUAUUCGUCGGAAGACAUCGAUGCGCUGGAGAAUGCGGUGGAAAACGAAAUCAGCAAGAUCUUCUUGGACGAGCAACCGUGUCCGGAGGGAUGCGAUCCGGAUCUUUAUGAGCUAACGAAAAGGCUGCGGAAGGAGAAGCUAGAACUUGAGCGACUACACUACGAAGAGAAUCGUCUGUUGAAGGAUACGAUGAAGUUCUUGGAAAACCUUAAAAUGCAGCUGGCUGCCGUCGAGGGAAAGUUGGCGGAUAAACGACAGGAGCUGUUGAGCUUCAGGCGCGAGAAGCAAGCCCGGCUCAACGAUAUCAACACCCUGGUGGUUCUGAAAAUGGAUCAGAUGCAGUACUUCCGAACGGAAACCGAGUUCUACGAUGUGGAGAACAGUUUGCUUUUCAACAACGAGAAACUGAUGAAGCUGUACUCUCGAGUAGGGCAGUUGGCCAUAGAAACGUUGGAAACAAAGCGCAAACAUCGCAUCAAUGUGGUUCAUCUGGCUCGAAUGAGAACGGAUAUCAAAUAUAUGGAACAAAAGAUUCACAGCUUGAAGGAGGAACUGACUGAAACGAUGAUUAAAAAGUUUGGUAGAGUUGUGAAUCUGGAUGAGCUAGAGGAAACGAUCUUAAGAAAGUUUGCCUUCGAAAUAAGGGCCAACAUGGAUGAGGUGAAAAAGAGCUACGAGGAGAGAACAGCUCAUUUGAAAAAUUUAUACGGGAAGAAACAAACCGAGCUGACGAAAGUAAUACAGGAAGGUACGGAGAAGCUACAUGUUCUAACUGUACUACAAGAGGAAUAUAACAAUCUAACGAAAAUGUUAGAGCAGCAAGACAAAAUUAUGGAAAAACGAGGAGGUCAAACUCAAAUCAAUUACGACAGCGAUUUGAAGAAGCUGAAACAAAUCGCCAAAACUCAAAAAGAACAGAUAAGCUUACUGCAACGAGAAAUUAGAACACUUAGCAUGAAAUGCAAACCUUUAACCGGGGAACCUGCGCAAAUCGUAGAAACCGUCGUUGUGCCUGCUAAAGCAAAGACAGUCAAGGUCGCAGACGAAACGACUUAUCCUAAUGCGAUGGAUUCGGCUCCUCCAAGUACCAGAGCCAGUUCGCCCGAUAACUUCCUAUACAACGAAAUUUUCUCACUGGUAGACGAAUUUCUUACGGAACAUCUGGGAACUAUAGUACAGAAAACCGACAUCAAUCGCGUUGUUACACAUCUUUCGCAUUAUCUCUCGAACAUUAUAGCCAAUUUCGCUCCGGAACAUGCCAGUGACCUGUUGCCACACAUCAUAGAGAACUUCAAAUCAUUUAUUCCAGAAGAACUGCUGCUCACCAUUCCACCUCAAUCGAUUGCAGAGCUUAUCGAGAACAUCUUCCGAACCUUCAAAGAGGGCUACGAUAUCGAUACGAAAGAAAUUCUCACCGAAAUUAUCAAUAACAGUCUCGAAAUGGUACCGCCUGCGUCACAGAACUACUCGUACAACAUACUGACGGAUAUUCUGAAACAAGUGCUGUCCACUCUUCACGUGACCGAUAUCAACCAUCCGGAUACGAUACAUUUCAUCGCCAAUGGGCUGCGUAACAAGCCUGGCAUCGAUCCUGCGGCCGUCAAUGUGGAACAGCUAACCAACGAUUUGGUGCAAUACGCUGCAGAAAACAUGGUCGAUGACUUCAGCCGUGAAUCCAUCACCUCCAUCAUCGAGGGCAUUCUCAAAGAUAGCGCUGCUAAGUAGAUUGGCGUUGAUGCACCAACAGUUCGAUUCCAAACUUUUUUUUGACAAAUGUGUGUAUGUGUUUGUUUUUGUGUUCUUAUCUCAUCAUUUUCAUUUUUUUUUUUUUUCAAUAAACCAUUACU